AUGUGUAAAGGAUCUUUGGAUCUUUCAUGGGCGUGUCGAUACGAGAAGGGCGCAUGGGCCGAAUGCAACGCUCAGAGCCAGAUGACAAGAAACGACAAGCUGAAGCCGAACAGCGACGCUUCCUGCGAACAAAACAGACAGAUCACGAAGAAAUGCAAACCCAAGGGCGCCAAGCCAACGAAAGGUAAAGGUAAUAGAUAUAAAAUUGCUUUCUUAUCGGCAUACGCCAGAUUGAAUACAGAUCACUUCAACUACCUCGAUGCGAAUGUAGAGGAAUAUUUAAAGUUUUUCCGUGCGGAAAAGGGACGUUUUCCUUGA